AUGUACUGCUGGCGCUUAUAUAGCGUGCCUAAGCGCGGUCAUGCGGAGCCGAAGCGCUACCGAGGCGCUCAAGCGCGGGAACGCGCGCGCAUAUACAUCGUGAAGCGCGGGAAAGUUGCGCCUUGUAUAGGGAUAGCUGCGGGUAGUGCACGGAGUGACACUACAAACACUUGGGAGACAGAUCCUUGGGAGCCAACACUCGGCGAUGAUUUGGCAUUCAACGAGGUGGAGUCUCGACCCGUCACAGUGGGCAAGGUACCAGCGAAACGUUAUGUGAACUCGGACGCACCUUUGCAUGAAUGGAUGGGGCUCGGCACGCAUACCAGAUUCCAUGAAGAAUAUCUUCUAGAAGAGCUACGUCUGGAGGGUUGUGGUACCUUGGCGAUGACGCCGUGCUCAUGCAGUGAUAUCGACAAUGACAUACAAGAACGACUAUAUCGCUGCGAAGAUUGCUAUGGACCGGAUAUUUUGUGCAAGUAUUGUUGUUUAUCAAGGCACGCACAUCAUCCUUUACAUAUUAUUAAGAAAUGGAAUGGGACUUAUUUUGAGCGCACUGCCUUGGCUGACAUAGGGUUGAGAGUUCAACUCGGACACGAAGGAAUGCCAUGUUUGUGUCCGCAAAGAGGGCAUAACUCCUUCGUCGUUAUUCACACCAAUGGAAUCCACCGUGUAAACAUUGAUUUUUGUGGCUGCCAUCAGCAAGUCUCUCAUCGCCAGCAACUGUUACGUUGCGAGUGGUAUCCAGCUACCUUAUAUUAUCCUCAAAGUGCCUGCACAAAACGGGUUUUGGAGUUCUUCCUCAUUCUGACAUGGUCAAGCAAAAGUCGGUAUAAAGAAUUCAUGCAGAUGGUUCGUCAGUUUCGGCACAUUAAGUUGAUGAAGCAAGCCGGCCGCGGCAAUGUAAUGGGUGGCAUCUACGAGACUCAGCCUGGCGCAUUAGCUGUAAAAUGUCCUGCUUGUCCACACCCUGGCAUAAACUUGCCGGAGGACUGGAACAAGGUGGAUGAAUCAAUGAAAUUUCUGUAUUAUUUAAUUAUCGCUAUGGAUGCCAACUUCCGCCUCAAGAACAGGGCUCGAUCUUCUACAAAUGCUGAUCCUGGGCUGCACACAGGUCUGGCGUACUUCGUUCCUGAAAAACCUUAUGUGGAGCACAUACUCAGGAACGCAAGUCAAACCGAUAUUAGCACUUGUUCAGGCUUUAGGACAUUGGCGCACACUGAAUCUAAGUAUUCGAGUGGGUUGCGAGCGACUGGCAUUGGCUUAUGUCUUUGUGCACGCCAUGAAUUUGUUCGACUUCAAGGAGUUGGAGACCUUCAAAAGGGUGAAAGAUACGCUAACAUGGAUUUCAUUUUCUUCUCGUCCAUCAUGCCUCUCCUCCUUCUCUCCGUCGUCAUCUCUUACGAUAUCGCUUGCCAGUGGAAAAUCAACCUUACAAAGAGAAUGGAUGACCUUCCAGAACACCUUCAGAUUUCGGCAGCUGUCGCUCUUGCGGCAUUUAUGUUUGGAAUCCCUAAGUUUCACUGUCCUGCACACGAGGAAAAAUGUGCGAUCCCACAUUCGUUGAACCUCAUGCCAGGCGUAGGACGGACUGAUGGUGAGGGAAUUGAGCACAAUUGGGCAGAGAUGAAUCGUGUUGCGAACAGCACGAAAGAAAUGGGCCCCGGUUCUCGACACGAUGUCCUCGACGACCAUUUCGGAUAUCACAACUGGAGUAAAUAUACUGAACUAGGACUCUCGCUAUGGAGAAAACUUCUGAAUGCCGUCAAGGAGCAUGCUCAUCACCAGUCCUUUUUGCGUGACUUUGAUGAAGUGAUUGGUGAUACCCAUCAAGGAGAAUGGACUGCAAUGAUCGAGGCUUGGGAACGCGAUAAAUCAAAUCCGAACCCAUACGUGCUCAGCAGAAUUAAUCUUUCAGAGGCUCAAGUACGUAUUAAUCUUGCGAAUGAGGAGAAGAUUGCUAUCAGUAAUGGGCAUGUACUUCCGCAUGAAGUGACUCCCAGUUCUUUCAUGAAUAUGGCCCUGGUUCUUGAAGAUGCUCAGCAACGAAUCAAGGUUGAUGUCACAUCAUCUCUCAGCACGAAUCAAUACGCUGAACUUCACCAACGUCGGGUCACGCUACGACGACAGCUAGACCGCUUCCGCAUCAUACAGCGGGUAUAUAUGGCAGGUAUCGAAAAGUGGAUUGAAGAACAUGAUGGGGACUUGUCUGAUGACAUCGAGGACGAACAUCUCUGGCUACCAUCAACACUCCCUGAAAGUGAUCGAGAAGAAAUUUGUAGGAACAAUAUUGCUCGCAUUGAGGCCGAGCUUCGCAAAGGGCAGUGUCGUGAUGCACUCGAUAAGCUCCGCAAGCAAUUACAUACUAAAUCUCAUUUCAUUAAGCACCGCAAUCUCGAUUUACGUGGACAACAAGCGAACACUCGCGCGACUUCCUUUCUCGCUCGCUUCGACAGCAAAAUCAACGCUGCUGCUGCAAAAUAUCGUGUCGCUUGGUCAGCAUUGCUCGAACUGGUUGGGAUCAGUGAGCUGGAGAGGGAGAAGGAAUUUCAAUGUUUAGAGGUGAAGGAUAUUGUGGCACCCGUCGACACAAUGUCAGGUGUCAGGAGUACUACUGGAAUGCGCGGAAGGACAAGGUCCGAGCAAGACACAUUUCGUGGAUUAGGGCAAGGCUAUCAGACGACAUCGUGGAUUUGGCUGGCUUCAGGAGUUCGGGAUGAUGAAGUUGAUGGGGGUCUGAAUGAUGUGUUGCGUGUAGAAUGGGGCAAGUCUCGUGUGCGUGCACAACGGUGGAAUGAAGAAGUGUAUCUUCUCAAGGAGGAAAUGCGGCGAACACAACAAUUUCUCACAUGGUGUGCAAAAGAGUGGGAAUCUGAUGCACAAAUCGUGGCUGGCGCUGCCGCAUAUGCGAACAGGCAGGUGGCAAUUCAGCACGCAUUACUGGCUCAUUUCACUGUUCUCUGGGGCGCUGGAGUUAGCGCGAAUGACACAGCCGGUGAGGAUGAAAUGACCACAUAUUUCGCUGAAAAUGAGGAUGAUUUUGACAACGAUGAGGGGUAG